AUGUGUCAUGAUUCGCGGGCCGAUCGCGACGCACAGGCGUACACAUGAACCCGGAUCGCCGCGAAACGCGGAUUCACGUCGGUGUUCGUGAUCCGAGAACGAUUUUCGUGCGCUCGGCAGUUUCGUUUCGGGAAGGAGAGACAUACGCGGGAGGAAGUGAACGAGAAACGGGAGCACGCGUCAUGCCGCGCCGCGAACGACAGUGCACGUGUAUACGCUGAGAAAACACGCGCACGCCCACGCGGCUGCGUGUGUACGUGUGCGCGCGCGUGUGCGUGUGGUGGCGUGUAGAUGUCAGCCUCGUUAUCAGUCCGGCGAUACGCGAGUGACUUUUACUCGGCUUGUCGAGACGCGCCAGGCUUCAAUUUCGGAGCACGCCACGAUCUGACAGAGGUCGUCAUGCGAUUAUGGACACCGAGAGUGGUAACAACGACAGCGGCGUCAGCGGCAUCAGCAGCAUCAGUGACGAACCGCGCAACGGCAGUAAGCCCGUCCUGCCGAAGCCCGGCGAUGCUGCCCACAGCAAGCUCCAUGGCAAACAGACAGGCUGCGUGCGUAAAAUGAGCACGAUGUUAGAAGAAGAGAAUGUGUCAGACGAUGCGGAUCCAGAUGACCCGGACGUAAUCAGGAUCCAUCAUCAACACCAGGCGAAACGACUCGAGACCGAAAUCGAAUGGUCUUCAGAGGAGGAGAGAGGUCGUUUGUUAAAUUCCCCCGAACACAAGAUCCUCGUCAUACCGGUCGACAAUGGUAACAGCGCAAGAAGGGCGAUCAGCUACGACAGUCCCGAGAGUGCUCGUCGGGAUAAAGGUCAUCGUCGACGGCCGCAGCCACGACUAGUGAUUGAUCUCGUCGAGUCUGGAUCGAGUUCGGAACGCGACAAUAGGUCGCAGAGUCCCGGUCGAUCGAACCUUAGAAGCACCGAUCUGCGGUAUUAUCAUUACCAUCAUCCUCUCACCAACGUGCGUUCAUCGAGGGCAACGUCACCCAACGCCGAGGCAAUGGCUGAGAACCAGCGAUACUGUCCCUGCUGUCAUCAGUUAUCGCCUACCUGGGUCUCCAUCCCGUACGCGGGGACCAACGAGAAUCAAAGCCGCUCGUACCCCGACACGGUCUCGAUCAGAUCCCUGGCGUCGAUCGGGCUAGGCUCUUCCGACGGCCGGAAGCUCACGAUACGUAGAGUUCCCACUUCGCCGUCGGAGCUGUUUAACGUGGUACAUCCGCCGCCUUUCGAGGACGAUGUUUCCACGUGCACCAGCGACAUGGAUGCGGAUGAUCCCAGUGAUUAUCGGCUGCCCAGGAGGCCCCAUUGGGCGAACAAAAUGGAAUUUGUGCUCGCCUGCAUAAGCUACUCCGUUGGUCUCGGCAACAUCUGGAGAUUUCCCUACUUAUGCUACAAAAGUGGCGGCGGUGUGUUCCUCGUGCCUUAUUUUUUAAUACUCAUAGUAUGUGGAGUACCAUUACUGUACAUGGAGCUUAGCAUCGGACAAUUCACUCGUCGCGGCCCAAUCGGCGCUCUGGGUCAAGUAUGUCCAUUAUUGAAAGGAGCUGGUUUAUCAUCAGUCGUAAUAUCGUUUUUAAUGUCUACCUACCAUAAUGUGAUAAUAGCCUACGCAAUUUACUAUUUCUUCGCGGCAUUCCGAGCGGAGCAACCAUGGUCACGUUGCGACCACUCGUGGAACUCGCCGCGUUGUUGGCUGCCCAGUUAUGGAUCCAUCGAUAAUAGAACUCGACCAAACUUGACAAGAACACCGUCCGAGGAAUUUUUCGACAAUAAGGUUUUGCAAAUUAGUAACGGCAUCGAAGAGCCGGGGAUUUUGCGAUGGGAGCUCGUGGCGUGCUUAAUAACCGCGUGGAUCAUGGUAUAUUUCUCCAUUUGGAAGUCGAUUAAGUCAUCAGCACAAGUGAGAUAUCUGACAGCAACAUUGCCUUUCCUCCUAAUCGUGGUCUUCCUCACGCGAUCCCUCACUCUGGAGGGCGCCGCAAAAGGUCUGCAAUUUUUUUUCCAUCCACGCUGGGAAUUGCUUAGCGAUGCAAAGGUAGAUAGUCGAUUUUUAGUAGACGAAAACAUAAUUUCCGUUCAAGGACCUGGUCUAGUCUUCGUCAUCUAUCCCCAAGCGCUAGUCAAGAUGCCAGCUUCUCAACUGUGGGCUGUGUUAUUUUUCUUUAUGCUAGUCUGUCUUUCGUUGAACAGCCAAUUUGCCGUUGUUGAAGUGGUCGUUACGUCGAUCCAAGACGGUUUCCCGAAUUGGGUGAAGCGUCAUCUUCUCUGCCACGAAAUGUUGGUCCUCGUCAUAUGCGUCGUUUCGUUCUUAUUUGGACUGCCGAAUAUUACGCAGGGCGGUAUUUAUUUCUUCCAACUGAUAGAUCAUUAUGCCGCAUCGAUAUCCAUUAUGUUCUUGGCGUUCUUCGAAGUAAUCGCUAUUUCUUGGUUCUACGGCGUAAAACGGCUGUGCAAUAACGUAAGAGAAAUGACCGGACAUUUGCCCUCGCGGUACUUCCGGUUCUGCUGGUUCCUCGCCGCGCCUCUUCUCAUAAUGGCUAUAUGGGUAUUCAGCUUAAUUGAUUACGAGCCGCCGACCUACCAUAAUGGCGAUUACACAUAUCCAUGGUGGGCAGAAGCGAUCGGAUGGAGCAUCGCGUCUCUCUCCUUGAUUUGCAUUCCUGCUUUUGCCGUUUACGUAUUCGUCGGAGCUGAUGGUGCCACGUGUGCCGAAAGACUCAAAAAUUCCAUCAAACCGCACUUCGAGGCGUGCAAAGUUUGCGGGCAGGAAUAUUGCGUGGAUCCGAUGCACAAUCUGCCAGAGAAUACGCUUAAAGAGUCGCAAACAGACGUGGACACAUCCAUACAACUAAAUUCGAACUACCCGAUGAAGCCUCAAACGUGAUAACGCAUCAAAUCGAUAGGAACGAUCGGCUUUUCACGGUUUCGCUUAAUUCACAGGGUGCAAAGUCACUUUGGGGAAAAAUUGGUUAACAGGAAAUAUUCGCUCGCGUACUUUUACCAUUAAUUACUAGGCAGUCAAUAUUCCAUUAUUUAUAACUCGUUACAAGUAUAGUAAUUUCUUGCGAGAAAGAGUCAUUAAGAAUAUAUGUUACGAAUGUUAUUAUUUCUCGUAAACUGUUAAGCCAUCGUCAUGUGAUAGACUUUAGGCAAGCACUGAUUCGACAUAGGAAUAUAUUUCUGUAUAUAUCGCAAUAUCUAUUAAUCAUAACAUCUAUUAAUCAUAAUUUUAAUAAAUUAUUAUCCGAUAA